AGUGCAUUCAGAUUAAUCGGGUGAUACGAAGUGAUGUGUCAAUUUGCCACAUAAUGGCAAAAUUGUAACAUUUUAGCAAUUUGUUUAUGAAUUGUGUGAACAAGUUUUGUAAUUUUCUAUUCGUGUCGACAUUAUUUGAGUGAAAUGGCCGAAGUACCCAAUGAUGUUACUGGAGCUACAUGUACUAUAAAUACAAUGAGAAUGGAGGAAACACCUGUCAGAAACCUGCGUUCCGACUUAACCGAGCUAGAAAUUCAGGCUUCUCAAGUAUUGAACCGUUUGGAGUAUAUUAAAGCUGCUGAAGAUCAUCAAGAUAUACCAAUAUCUCCUGGGUUUCUACAAUUGGAAAAGAAAACGACAUCCGAAGUACUCUCUAGUCUAGAAACGUUGAUUUCCCAACUUGACAUAGAAGAACCUGAGUUUGUUCUUCCGCCCCUAGAUGAUCCAUCUCAAUUGGCUGUUAUAACUCAUUCGGUUGGAGCUUACCUGUCAGCAUUGGAAAGACAACAUUUAAAUCGCGUUGUUGCAAAAAUAGUGACUGAUACAAAUCGAUGGCUUAGUCAUAUGUUUCGAUACAUUGACGCCGCUACUAACUAUUACCGAGAUAGUGCAGAGUGCAUUUUACAUGCGGUGCGAAUAGCAAUAAUGCACCGCUUUCCAGAGUCUAUCGAAAAUCGUUUAGCGCAGCUGCAAAAUGCAACUUUUUAUGUUUCGGAAAACAGCUCACUGUUUUCUCUACAAAAUAGUCUUCGUUACAUUGGUAUACCCAUUUCCAAUAUUCGCGUAGUACCUAGCAAUGAUAUCAACUAUGCCCGUGGAACAAUGAAUGUUUCGGAAUUGCAGAAAAUGCUAGCUAUUGAUAUUGAAGCAGGCAAAAUACCGUUGUUUUUGAUAACAGAUCUAGGCUCUUCAGUUUGUGGAGAAGUUGACAAUUUAGCAACGAUCAAAAAUAUAUGUAGUCAACAAAACAUGUGGUUACAUUGUCAGGGUCAUUCUCUUGCUGCCUUAGCGGUAACGAAAGGAACACUCACGGGGAUUAAGUCCAUCCCGGAUUCGAUGAGUUUGAACCUAGGCAGUUGGUUAGGCAUCACAGGUAUACCAUGUGUGCUGAUGUACCGCCAAAUACCGUUGAAUACGCUGACUAUGUUUGAUGUAGAUCCAAUUCUAUCCAACCGGUUGACUGCUAUAAGCUUAUGGACAAUAAUGCAAACCAUGGGUGCUGAUUCUAUAAGCGAACGAAUUUUUCUGGCUUUCGACUCUUGUCGGCAAGUUUACGAUGUGCUUAGUAGAAUAGAGGGCAUAAGGAUAUUGAGUAAAGCUCCUCUUCACGAAGCAGGAAAGUCUUUUAGAACGAUGUUGAAUAACCCAAUCAAUUAUUGUGUUCUUUUCGAGACCGCCGUCCCAGUUGUUGUUUUUCAAUUUAAUGGAAACUGCUGUGACAGUGAUACAGCUGCAGGCACUGAAUGUCCUACUGUUACAUCUACUAGCGAUGGAAACAGACCUGCUUCUGAUUUGCAUAAGAUUGAAGGAGAAUCAAACGCUGGAAAAAAUAGUUUUAAAAAAUCUAUUGAAAAAUCGACCGACUCUUCGUACUAUGAUCGUUUAAACAAUUGGCUGGGCCAAAUUUUGUUGCGCGAUUGUGCUCAGCUUAAUUUAGAAAUUAUCAAUCAUCCUGAAUACGGUACUUGUAUUCGAUAUUCUCCAUUCGCUCUUGGCUACGGAGAAAUGCUACCAUUAACUGAAGUUAUAGAAACCGUAGCACAAUUUAUUGAGGCACAAAUAGAAAUUCUCAUGGCGACCGUGAAGCACAAAAGUCGAUUUAAUAUGCUCGUCGAGAAGAGUUCUGUGUUGCGAUUGAUUGAAUUGAACGAUUGGGCUGGUCUUGGUAGUGUGCAUUAUGUUCCAGAAGGAUGGGAAACAUUGCUGACUGAUCAAGCUAAAACAGAACUCAACAAACUCAAUUCUGCAUUGGUUGAUAUGUUGAAGGCGCACGAUGGUGCAUUCUCAUUAGGCGAAGGUAGCGAUGGAUUGAUAUGCGUGCGAUUCGGUAUGGUUACCAAAGAAACCGAUGUCGAAGAGCUUUUAGACCUAGUGAUUCAAACUGGUCAAAAGAUACAGGAAAAUUCAAAAAUUCUAGACACUAUGUCGGAGAUAUUGAAAAAGGGCAUUGAAGCUGCUACUAAUGACCUACAGCGUGAGGCUGAAGAGAAGCUUUGGCAAGAUGGUAUUCUCCGACAGGUUCCAUUGGUCGGACGAGUCGUUAAUUGGUGGUCCCCGCCGAUAAAGGAAUCCGGUAUGAAAGGAAGAAGCCUGAACUUGACACAAGGAAUUGUAGAGAGUACAGAAAAUAUCUACAAGUAUCAUAUGCAAAUGACAGCCAAACCUAAUCAGCUUCCGGGAAAGAAGAACCCACCAACACCAUUGGUGCAAACUACUAUCAGUACUGAAAGUAAAAAUUUACAUUCCCGAAAUGCGAGUUCUAGUAGUCAGCAGUCCAGUGGAACAAUAGCACAGCACCAUCAGCAGCAGGAUGCGGAUGUAACUUCUGCAUGAAAUUUAAAUGCGGUGUUGCGACAGCAAGAAUAAAUGGUAAGAUAUUUUAGCAGUAAACAGUUUUUUGUUAUUUACCAAAGGCAUUAGUAUCCAGUUUUUUUAAAAAUCGAGUUCAAGGUACAAUAUUAAAGUUUAAAGAAAACUUCAGUGACUAUAAGUAGAACAGGAGUGUAGUUUAAGGUUUCCUAUUUUUAAAACAAUUGAAACGAUAUGCAGUAACGCAUAAGAACCUUUAAUUUAUUACAGGUAAUAACAUAAAGCGUAUAAUAAAACUAUGUUGGCACAAAAA